CUAUGAACUUGCGUCUCGAGGCCUAAGAUCCAAGGAAAUGAAAAACAGUAAAUCGAAGCUUGUUGCAUCUGUAACGUGGAUUUUGCACCAAGGAGGUCCUUUGUGCAGUGGAAUUGAGUAAAUCUGUGUUAGAUUUUUUUGGCUGCUAAGUAAUUCAAGUCUAAGUGGAGGCCCAUGGAAAAGUUGGAAGCCCGAUAAAUGAAGAGCCUGUCUCAAUUAAUCAUACAGUCCAUGGAGAUCAUCCACAUUUCGGAGAUCUUCUUGAGGCAUGGAUUUUCUUGUCGCGUUUCCAGGAGGUAUUAGGUAUGAGAAAGGGUCUCUCUUUGAAAGAAUUUAUCGCAGAACUGGAUGGACCAUCAUUCGAUGGUUUACUCGAAGCUCACAUAUUAAUGCUGCAAGUACUAUUAAGAGAGUUCCCCCAAAAAAUGGGGCAACUUAAAAACGUGGAAAAAAUAACCGAGAUUAAUUUCCCUCCCGUGAAUAAAUUUACAUGGCGAGAAUUGGCUAGGAGGUAUGCUUUAGCCAUGUCAUUUUUGAAAGGGGAGCUGGGCUCGUUGGAGGUUUGUGAUGGCAUUGACGUACUUUUGAACUUAUGUGGCGAUGUUACACCACAAAGUGGUCCGAAAACUGGAGUUGCUGGAUUAGAAGCCGAUGCAGAGUUUCUUGCUGCAGCAUCGAACAUAAUUUAUAGCUCUCUCUACGACGAUGGUGAAGCGGACUUAAAGUCUGAAGACGCCACGGCGAAUGAAGAAAUUCCCGGGUGGGUUCAAGAGUUGGAACCCAUAAAAAGUUUGAAGACAAAUGUGGGGUCCAAAAUAAGAAAUUGUAUCAAUAAAUCAUUGGAAAUGGAUCCACCCGAAUGGGCGAGAGAAUGCUUGGUUCGUUCGAUCAGCAAAGAAGUUUACAAGGGCAAUGCUUCUGGCCCUACGAAGAAACUAGCUCUGGAAGUUGCUUCAACUUUCCACUCUAUGCAACAAAAUCAUUCCGUUGGGAGAACCACCAGAAAGAACUUCAAACCUAUGUGGGACAUUGUAAUGAAACAAUGUCGGAUAGUGUUGCGUAAAUCGGCCACAGUGAAACAAACUAGAAAGCUCCGCAGGUUGCUUGGAGAUAAAUUGGUGUUCUGUGGCAGUAAUGAAGAAGGGCUUCUUGGUUCUCCGGCUAUGGUUUCCAGUCUUUUCUAUUUAAGGAUGGUUGAUUUGAGAUUGGCUGCCGGUGCUUACGGAUCACAUGAAGCUUUUUUCGACGAUGUAGAAGAGUUCUGGAAAGAGGUGCAGAUUGCUUUAUGCAAUUACCCAAAUCUGGUUCAGCUCGCCGAAGAAUCAUACCACGCAUUUGAUUCUUUAUAUUUAAAAGAGGUACACAUUUUCUCUGCAUCUAUCACUUGAUCCGUGGUUAUAUUUUUCAAA